UCAAAAUGGAGACGAAGGGACAAGUGCUCCACUAAUUAGAUGAAAAUUUAGUGAUUUUCUGUAAUUUUAACGAUAUACUUAGAUGUAAAAUUUAAAUAAAGGCACAAUUUAACUAAGUCAGCAACAUAAGUAGUAUUUUUAUUUCUAAGAGACAUAUUGAUAAAACUCGCCAAGCCUGUCAAGUUAUUUACAAAUUACACAUCAGUUUUCUUGUGAGUCACAGCCUAGUGUAUGAGAAUGUCUGAUCAGUCGGGGGAUAUGUACAAUGUACCUUUAACAAGUGAUAGUGAUGCAGGUGACCUUUCCUUGAGAGGGAAUACAUUCACAAACCCAACAGAUCCCCAGAAUAAUAUGAUCACUUCGAGCAGUGUUGACUCAGAUCUAAAUGGAGAUGAAGAAGAAGAAAAACAGAGAUUGAUCACACAGGUGUUAGAACUACAAAACACACUUGAUGAUCUGUCUAGCCGAGUGGACACAGUGAAAGAGGAGAAUCUAAAACUGAAGUCAGAAAAUCAAGUACUUGGCCAGUAUAUAGAGAACUUAAUGGCUGCAAGCAGUGUGUUCCAAUCUACUUCACCAAAAUCUAAAAAGAAAUAUUUUCCUUGUGUGACCAUCCACCAGAAUUGUUUAAACAAGCUGUGAAAAUCAGGUCUAGCAAGAAAAAGGAAAAAUGAGUGGAAAACCUAUUUGGACACGGACCAAGUGCAAUAUACAUUUUUUUUGUUCAGGAACACCUAAUUCAUGUUGUCUUUACCUUAAAGCUUGGUUGAUUUAUGUUUAACUUGCCAGAUCUGAAACAUACACUCAUGGACUUCAAAAAAUGCCUUUUGCAUACUAUAUGGCAAUUGUUUCUACUUGCAAGUUGUAUGCAAAUAUUUAUGUACUCCUUUUAUUAGCCAGGUUUCUGUUCAGGCUACUAUUUCAUGUUGUGAGUGCAAAUGGAAAUUCAUAAAAAACAACUUUAAGCGAUGCUUACUAAUAUGCUGUAAAAAAUCUAAAUGUAUGGAAAAUCUUUCUAAAAAAAAUAUCAAUUGUAUGCAUCAGGUGUUUUUCAAUAUCUGUCAGUAUACAUUUGUGGAGCUUCUUUUCAUUUAGGUACAAGUCAUUAUAUUACUGUACUAGUUUUAUGUUUAUUAAAGUGAAACAACUGAUCCCAGACCUAAAAAGGAUUAUGUGAUCUGAAUACAAAUUGUGUUACAAUGCGACAGAAAGCACGACUUCAAGUUUCAAGCAGGAAAUUUUAUUCAUGCUUUAUGUACUGCUCUGAAAAGAUACUAUAUAUUUAGAUCUGAAAGUAAUAUGUGGUUUCAGACAUUACUUAGAAUUGAUUUGUGGUGUAGUAGUUUACAUUUUGAUGUGAAAUAUAUGGGCAUGUUUUAAGUGUGUGGAAACCACAUACUAAAACACAGCCAUGUAUUUCAUACCCAUAUGGAAAUCACUAGAGAUUUUUAUCUUAUAUUUACAGUAUGUUUACUUCUUCUUUCACAUGGUCUUAAUUGAUUUAAGUGUUACUUACUUCUGCAGUUACAGAUUUUUGAAACAACAUUCUUUUGUCAGUGAACUCUUGAAUUUGACCAGUGACAAAGCUUAAUUCGAAGACUGAUCUCUCAAGCUUUUUCUUGCUUUGGACCAAGGGAAAACUGUGAUGUACUUAUUGGAUGAUAUAAGAGAUAUGAAUUUCUGAAAAGAUUUUGAAUUCUGAAUAUGACAGAAUUAAGAUGAUAAAUUUGUUUGUAAAAAUCAUUUAGAAAUAUACUGUCAGCCGUGGCAUGUAUAAGAACACUUAUGGAAAACAAAAAUGAAAGAUAGUAUGUAUUAAUGUGAUGUUUAGAUCUAAAAUGAACAAAUCAUUUUUUAGCUUGACUUUUCGAAGAAAAUGUAGAGCUAUUGCACUCGUGUCCGCGUCCGCGUCACCAUUGGUUAAAGUUUUUGAUAAAGUCAAAUAUCUCUGUCAUUACUAUCAAAGCUAUUGACUUGAAACUUAAACUAGAUAUUUAAUAUCAGAGUCUACACCAGAGGAAACAAUCUCCAUAACUCUGAUUUGAAUUUUGACAGAAUUAUGCCCCUUUUUAACUUAGAAUUUUUGGUUAAACUUUUUGAUAAAGUCAAAUAUCUCUGUUACUGUAAAAGCUAUUGACUUGAAACUUUAAAUACUUUUUUACCAUCAAAAUCUACACAAGAAGAAAGAAUCCCCACAACUCUGAUUGAAUUUUGACAGAAAUAUGCCCCUUUUUAACUUAGAAUUUUUUGUUAAAAUUUUUGAUAAUGUCAAAUAUCUCUGUUACUAUCAAAGCUUUUGACUUGAAACUUAAAAUACUUAUUUACCAUCAAAGUCUACACCAGGAGAAACAAUACCCAUAACUCUGGUUUGAAUUUUGACAGAAUUAUGCCCCUUUUUAACUUCGAAUUUUUUGUUAAAAUUUUUGGUAAAUUCAAAUAUCUCUGUUACUAUUAAAGCUUUUGACUUGAAACUCAAAAUAGUUAUUUACUGUCAAAGUCUACACCAGGAGACACAAUUCCCAUAACUCUGAUUUGAAUUUUGACAGAAUUAUGCCCCUUUUUAACUUAGAAUUUUUAAAAAAAAAAUUUGAUAAAGUCAAAUAUCUUUGUUACUAUUCAAGCUUUUGACUUGAAACUCGAAAUAGUUAUUUUCUAUCAAAGUCCAUACCAGGAGACACAAUUCCCAUAACUCUGAUUUGAAUUUUGACAGAAUUAUGUCCCUUUUUAACUUGGAAUUUUUUUACUGGCAAAGCUCUAAUUCAGAGUCAAGCACUGAGAAAAGUCGAGCGCGCUGUCUUACGGACAGCACUUGUUAAGAGAUAAAUUUUGUUUACAAGUUGUGUAUUAAAAAUAUAUAUCUUUUAUUCUGUGUAUCUUGGUUGUAUGUUUUGUUUCAUUUACACUUGUCACAUUUUUGUAUUAGUAUUUUAUAGUUAUAUUAUUUAAUCUAAACUGGUAUGUGAAGUAAAUAUGUACAGGAUACAAAAGCUUUUCCAUGAAUGUAUUGCUCCAUCUUUUACAAUAUUUUUCUGCUUUUUUGGACAAACUUUGUAAAGUGAAAUAAAAGUUUAAAAAUGU